AUUCCUCGCGCCGCUGCCGCCGCUGAGAGUCUGAGAGAGCGGAGCUGCGCUUAUCACACUGUUGAACGGAGCCGUAGUUUACAGACUUCAGCGGUAAAACGAGCCGAAUUUAAAGACGGAUAUCAGUCUGCGGGGAGUCGGAGCUGCGCCGUGACUGGAGAUUAAUUAUUUACAGCGGAACAACAUGAGCUGCAAACUACGACCAGCUAUCGCCGCUCUGCUGGGUUGGUUGGCUGUGGCACAUGCUGUAUCAUUCGAGGUGAAAGAUGGGAAUUCAACCUGUAUUAAAGCAGAGCUCUCUGCCAACUUCACUAUUACAUACCCGGUAACCAAUGGAACGAAAACAGUGACUGUGCCGCUCCCGGCCUCAGCAGUAGUGGGCAGUGGUAGUUCCUGUGGCGACUCGGGGGUCUCUCCUCAGCUGUUGGCAUCCUUUGAGGGUGGUCACUCACUAGGCCUGUUUUUUUCCAGAGAUAACAGUCAGUACAAGGUGGCCACCCUGAGUAUGAGGUACAACCUGAGCGACAACGUCACCUUCCCUGAGUCCUCAGUCAAGGGAAUCAUUACCUCAUCUACAAACACCUCAGGAAUCUCAGCUCAGCUCAACACCACCUACAGAUGUCUGAGCUUCAACUUCAUCCAUCUGGAGGACUCCAACGUAAACAUUACCUUCUCUGACGUCCGGAUGGAAGCAUACAUGCCCAAUGCCAACCUCAGCACUAAGGAGAGUGUGUGUACAGCUGAUCUUCCUGCCACCACAGUGGCUCCUACACAGUCUCCCACAACCACGCCUGCCCCUGCUCCUCCCUCCAAUCCAGAGCGUGGCAGCUAUAACGUCACCAACAUUAACGGCACUGUGUGUCUCCUGGCUAAAAUGGGACUGCAGCUUAACGUCACCUACAUCACGAAGACUCAGAACAAGACUGUUCAGGGAAUUGUGAACCUGCAGCCCAAUAGGACGACUUUCUCAGGUUCAUGUGAGGACACAACUGCCACUCUGAUCCUGACAGAUGAGCUUACCAACCUCACCUUCACGUUUACUCUGAACUCCACCAGCAAGAUGUAUCAUCUGAGUGCUCUCAGUAUGUCUGCCGCCUGGCCUGAUAUGCCUGCUCCAGUCACCCUGUCCAACAGCAGUCUGAACUACCUGCAGGGCUCGCUGGGCCGCUCCUACAUGUGCAGGUCUGAGCAGAUUCUUCCUGUGGUGGACAGCUUCUCUCUCAACACCUUCAGACUGCAGGUCCAGCCCUUUGGGGUCAACGGCAACCAGUUUGGAACAGCUGAGGAAUGUCAGAUGGACCAGGACAACAUGCUGAUCCCCAUCAUCGUGGGUGCUGCCCUGGCUGGACUGGUACUCAUCGUUCUCGUAGCGUAUCUGAUUGGAAGAAAGAGAAGUCAUGCAGGCUACCAGACCAUCUGAACUCUCCACUAAAACCACCACAUCCACCGGUCCGAAUCUCUAGCGUUUUUUUCCCCCCCCAAUGGAGAAAACCACUGCUACUAUACUGACUCACUGACUGACUGGGACCCUGCUGACAUAAGACUGGCCUGUGUGUGUUUGUGUGUUUGUUUCUGUGUGUGUGUGUGCGUCUGUGUAUGCGUGUGUAUGAAUGGUUGUAUGUACAUUGUUCUUCCACUUUUUUUCCCAGCUAUCUAAUGCUCUUGGGUCACUUAAGGGAAGAAGGCAACAUCACCCAAUUAUUACUAAUCAAUAUUUUGUGUAAACCUGUCAGCUCAAACCUUUUUUGUAUCCCAGAUUGGCUCACAGUUCAGAGUUCAGACCUGAAAUGCCUUUGUUUUGUCCAUCUUAUAUCUUUAAACUUGCUUACUGGUUGUGGCUGAUCAGGUUUGCAUCGAUGUAUCUGCUUUUGAGAGGUUAUUUUUUGAAUGGAAUUUUGUGAGUGAUUUGUGUGUAAAUAAGCGUUCAGAAUUUUAAGUUAUAGAGUGACUGACUUUGAUGUUGCAAAGCUUUUUUCAACUCAGACUCCUGUUCCAGCUCUGAACUCCCUUUUAUUAGCUACGUUAGCCUCACAACCCUAUAGCAGAACUGACUGACUGGUCACCUACGUUCAGAAGAAAAGGAAUAAUGAUUGUGUUUACAUGCAUCUUAUAAUCCGAUUAGAAUUAAAUUACUCCACUUUUCUAAUUAUAUUAAGUAGCCAAGUAAACCGAAUAGUCAGACUUCUUAGGUCAGAGUAUGGUUUUAAAAACGGAUUUAGAUCAAGAAAUCCAAUAAAGAGACCUAGAUUGUAGCUCAGUAAUCAUAUUUCAGUUCAUUCAUGACUUUGGGUUUAGUGAAACAUGAUAGAGUAUGAACAUUCCGAAAUAUGGCGCUUUUAGCCGAUACUCCCAACAGGCUCACAGUGUUGGUUACUGGGGCAUAUUGUUGCACAUGCAAAGAAAUCUUAUUUUUUUUAAACCAUUAACAAGCUCAAAGAAUCUCCACACUUCAUUGGUAGAAUUCUGAGAGCCCUAAUAUUUAAAACACUAACUCCAGUCCCAAAUGCUGUAGUUUCUUUUGUACUGUGUGUAUAAACAGUCCUUUUUAUUAAAAUGUUUUAAACUGUCAGGGCCCUCAGAAUUUUACCAAAGAAGUGUGGAGAGCUACUUUGAGCUUUACUGACGUUUUUCUUUGCAUAGGCAACGCUAUGCCCCUAUUACUAGCAUUGUAAGACUGUUGGGAGCAUCAGUUAAAAGCUCUGUAUGUAAGAAUCCUUAGAAAAUUGAGUUGAGCUAUUCAAUAAAGGUUUAUACUCAAUAAUGUAUAUAUUUUACUAAACCCUUAGUCUAUUUCACACCGUAUUUCUCCUUUAAGUAUCUAUUCAUAGUUACUUCAAACAAGCAGCUUUUAAUACAGCAAGAUUUACUAAAUAUGAUCUUCCUGAGGUGUAAAGUUUAAGAUGUAUGUGAUAUGUUUGUCACAUUUUAUUCUGUGAGACUAUUGAUGGGUGGCAAAGCAAAAAAUGAUAAACUGGUUUUCUAUUGUCUGAUUACCCAAGUUUCUUUAACAUGUAAACACAUUGAUCUGAUUACUUACAGACUCUAACAAUAUACUGCAGUAAUCAGAUUGCAAAGUGCAUGUAAACACACUCACCACGUCAAUCUGGAAAAUUCCACCAAACUGCUGCUUUAAUUUGAUCCCGCAGCUGUUGGCGUAAAUAAAGAACGGGGGUUUUAUGUGAAGCGACCAGCACGCCUGGGUGUAUCUUUGAAAGAAAAACCCAGGCUAGAGGGAGCGCGGCAUCGAAUGACGAGGGCGCACAAGCCCGGAUUAAAUAAUUGAUGUACUUUUUGUAAUUUUCCCUCAUUAGAGAACCUGCUGCCGCAUCAGGGUUUGGAUCAUAUUCUCGCUUUGCUUUCUUCUCUCUAUAUAUAUUAUUUUUUUCUCUCUAUUGCACAGAGACUUCACAAAUAGACUUUCUCAGGUUGGUUUUAAGGGUCUGAAUACACUGAGGAGAAGAAGCAGGUAGUUCAGAAAACUGUCUGGCCUAUUAAUCUUAAAAACAGUGUAAACGUGAACGAGGGCGGCUAAACUUCAACACAAAGCUGUAUGCUAACGGGGUUAGUGUUUUGUAGUUGUAACAAUAUAGUUCCAUGUGGAUCAAUGAUCAAUGGUAUCUUUUUGCACCACUGCAUAAAUACCAGUCCAUAUAUAUUUUUCUUGCUUUUUUUCAAAGAAAACUUUAUAAUUCAGUAUUAAUCAUUCUGUCUCUUUACUUGUUUUACUGGUCAGUGAAAGUGUUUUUUUUUUUCUUCUUUUAGCAACUCUCACUUGAAUAAUUUUCUUUGUUGCAUUUUCAGUGCAACACUCACCAAGUAGGAGAUUUCAGAAAAUUAAUGCAGAAACAGCAUGUUUUUUUGGCAGAAUCUCAAAUACCCCCUUACUUUAUAUGUAGUAACUACAUAAGGCAUAAAACUACACAGACAGCAGUAGAUUUCUAAUUUGACCAUUUUAAAAAAGGCUGGGCUAAAACUCGAAUAAAGCCUGAUAAUGAUGUCAUAGUCAUUUAAUAGCCAUUUCAGUAUAACUUAAUGGGGAGCGAAUUAGUUUUUCCAUAAAUCUGUUUGGUUAAAUACUAAAACACAAACAUCUUAGUCACUGUCAACUCAUCUUCAACUGGAUGUGUGACCAAAUUCUGUAUUUUUCACUCGGUUUCUAAAACUCCUCAGUGUGUUCAGGCCUUGGAUGGGUCCGGGUGAAGAAAAUAUGUUGCUGACAAUGUUGCAGGUUUGAAAAAAAAAAAAAAAAACAUUCAGAUUUUUUUUUCUGAUUUUUUUUCCUCCUGUUUGCCUUUUGUUGCUUAACGACGGCCAUCUGGACUCUUCUGGAGAUUCCAGCAAAAAGGGAAAACGCCCAUCAUCCAACACAUCUCCACCCAAUGAAGCUUCUGACAUUGAGCUUCUAACCAUGCGUCCUUCGUCAGGAUACAAUUUCAGCACUACUUUAAUGAGUUUGACUAAACUUAUUAGAAGUUAUAUACGCAAGACUUCACUUCAGGGUUUGGCUGCAGUUUAACUUAAAUUGUUCAUUUUAAAUAUGGGGAAAACAUACGUGUAGCAAAGAGCACUGCAGAAACUCAUGAGCUAAGGGUGAUGUAAAAUGAUGUGGUGCACAGACUCUCUGUACAUUGUGUUCUCUUGCGUUCAGGGUUUUAUUAGUUUGUUACAGUACACACAAUUAAAGCUUAAUUCUCAGUGAAUUACUCAAUAGUACUGAAUUAUUGUGAUGUCAAGGAAAACUGUAAAAAUAUCCUUCUGUGUGCUUGCACUGCUGUUAUGUGUGGAUUUUUUUUUGGACUGAUGUAAAUUCCUUUUGUCGAGAUGUACAGCAGAUUUGAUAAGAAGGUUGGAAAGGGCAGAGAAGAACUGUUUGAAACAUUUAUUAAUGUCACAUCUAAUCUGAUCUGCUUUGAAGUUUUCAGAAAUUGCAGUGAUUUGAGCUUUUAUUUUUGUAGUGUUUUUAAUGCAUCUUGGUGAGGUCAAUAAAUGAGGUGUAAACUUA